UUAUAGUCCCCUGUUUCACCCUCAGCAGCACUCACCAGUCAGUAAAGGUUAGGAGCUGCACCUUGAGCUUUCUUUCUUGUCCAACUCACUGCCUCCUCAGAGUCAACUGAGCGUGCCCAACCAUGUCGGACAAUGAGGAAGUGAUGGAGGAGUACGAGGAAGUCGAAGAAGAGGCCAUUGAAGAGGAGCAAGAAGUAGAAGGGCAGGAGGAAGAAGAGGCUGAGGAAGAGGCUGUGCAGAAAGAAGAUCAACCUGCUGUUGAAGUGGAGGCCAAUGAUGAGCAGGGUGAAGAAGAAGAGGUGGAGGAGGGAGAAGAGGAGGAGGCCAAACCAAAAUUCAAGCCUUUUAUGAUGCCCAACCUCAUCCCUCCUAAGAUCCCAGAUGGAGAGAGGGUGGAUUUUGAUGACAUACACCGUAAGAGGAUGGAAAAAGACCUGAUGGAGCUUCAGACUUUGAUUGAGGUUCACUUUGAAAGCAGAAAGAAGGAAGAAGAUGAGCUCAUUAAUCUCAAAGAAAGAAUUGAGAAACGUCGCUUUGAACGUGCAGAGCAGCAAAGGAUCCGCAGUGAACGAGACAAAGAACGUCAAAAGCGACUUGAGGAAGAGAGAGCUCGCAAGGAAGAGGAAGAGGCAAAGAAAAGGGCAGAAGAUGAUGCAAAGAAGAAGAAAACCCUGACCAGUCUCCAUUUUGGAGGCUACAUGCAAAAGCUGAAUGAGAAGCGGAGCGGUAAGAGGCAGACCGAGAGAGAGAAGAAAAAGAAAAUUCUAAGUGAAAGACGCAAAUCUUUGGACAUUGACAACUUGAGUCAGGAAGGACUCAAGGAGAAAGCUAAGGAGCUGUGGGAGUGGAUGUACCAGUUGGAGGCGGAGAAGUUUGAUCUGCAGUACCAGUUUACCAGGCAGAAAUAUGAGAUUAAGGUGCUGAGAAACCGUGUGAGCGACCAUCAGAAAACAUCCAAGAGAACCAAGAGAGGCCUUAGGAAAUAGAUGAACUGCUAUCCUGAGUGAGCAUCACAUUUGUCCAUUCAAACCAAAACCUGGCUUUCUCGUCACACCCAAGUUACUCCUCUCUCCUCAAUACAAUCCUUUCCCGUGUAUUUUAUUUUAUAAAAUAAAUAUAUAUAUAUCCAGUUUUUCCUGCUCCGACUGAAUAAUUUUUCUCCCAUUACCAUCUUUGGAUCAGUGAAUAAUGUUUAGGUGUAAAUAAAACCUUAUUUUCUUCA